AGCAAAGCUCCCCGAGAGAGGUAGAGACCUCAGCUCCAACGCACCCUGCCACUAUUAUUAAAAAUAAAAUCACUCGACCAACUCCGGCACCGCCAGCGCUCUCAGCCCCAGCCCUGAAUUUGGAGAGGACCCGACCGGCGGCUCUGCCCCCCGCGCCCCCCAGCCCUGCCCGCGGCCCCGCAGGCACCUGGCGGCCCCCCCCUCCGCCCGACGGCACCCCCAGCACCGCCCGGGGCAGGCAGGGCGCUCGGGCGGACCCCCCUCGCCCGGAUUUCGGCCAACUCUCCUCCCCGCUCCAACUUUAGCAUGAUGUCUUAUCUUAAGCAACCACCUUACGCAGUCAAUGGCCUGAGUCUCACCACCUCGGGCAUGGAUUUGUUGCAUCCGUCCGUCGGUUAUCCCGCCACCCCCCGAAAGCAGCGGCGGGAGCGCACCACCUUCACCCGGGCGCAGCUGGACGUGCUGGAGGCCCUGUUCGCCAAGACCCGCUACCCCGACAUCUUCAUGCGGGAGGAGGUGGCCUUGAAAAUCAACCUGCCCGAGUCCAGAGUGCAGGUGUGGUUCAAAAACCGCCGGGCCAAGUGCCGGCAGCAGCAGCAGCAGCAGCAGAACGGGGGCCAGAACAAGGUGAGGCCGGCCAAAAAGAAGAACUCGCCGGCCCGGGAAGUGAGCUCGGAGAGCGGGACCAGCGGGCAGUUCACACCCCCCUCCAGCACCUCGGUCCCCACCAUUUCCAGCAGCAGUGCCCCCGUGUCCAUCUGGAGCCCGGCGUCCAUCUCCCCGCUCUCCGAUCCCCUGUCCACUUCUUCCUCCUGCAUGCAGAGGUCCUACCCCAUGACCUACACCCAGGCAUCAGGUUACAGCCAAGGAUAUGCCGGCUCGACCUCCUAUUUCGGAGGGAUGGACUGUGGAUCUUAUUUGACCCCUAUGCACCACCAGCUCCCCGGACCGGGGGCCACCCUGAGUCCCAUGGGUGCCAAUGCGGUCACCAGCCACCUCAACCAGUCUCCAGCCUCCCUCUCCACCCAGGGCUAUGGAGCCUCCAGUUUGGGCUUUAACUCGACCACCGAUUGCUUGGAUUAUAAAGACCAAACCGCCUCCUGGAAGUUAAACUUCAAUGCUGACUGCUUGGAUUAUAAAGACCAGACAUCCUCAUGGAAGUUCCAGGUUUUGUGAAGGCCCGUGGGAACCUUUGUGAUAAUAAGAGAAAUCGUGACGAGAACAAAACACGCUGGGCCCGAACGCUCCAGCUUUAGUCAGGUCUUGGUUAAAUUAAAGAGAAAAUAACUAAAUGGACAAAUGGACAAACAAAUGAACAUAAAUCCGACGACGACAACAACGGCGACAAAAGAGGGACAGUGUUGGUGUGACCACGUUCAGACUCAUCUCCUGCUCAGACGCUCUGGAAAAGGAACGACAAAGAGGAAAACGGAGGAGGAAGGCCUUAAACGGACAGAUCAUCUAGUGAGCAGAAAACAGACAGACCAAUCCGUGUUCUUUAUAGUUUUAGGCAAUUGUUGGGUUUCUUUGUUUGGAAGAGGUGGGAGAUCGUUCCACCUAUGGGCCAGUUUUUAAACAAAAAAAAAAAAGUCUAGGUUUUUAUUUCUUUUUGUGUGUGCGUGGAAAGAUCCUUCACCCAGAGGUUUCCAACGUCUUAGCCAACCCUUGGUUAAAAUAUUCGGAAUGGACAGCGUCUCUCUUUCUCUUUUUCUCCCCUUUUUUCUCCCUCCUUCCCUCCCUCUUUCUUUCUCUCUCGCGCUCAUCCAACUGUUUGACGCCCAACUCAAGUGGGCACCGAGAGAACUUGGUUCAGGGCUGUGUGGGUUGUGUGACUGAUUGUCCUAGCUGCACUACUUUAUUUAAAGAAAAAAAAAAUAAUGUUCAUAAGGAGUCAAUAUGUAGUUUUUAAGAGACAAUCAGUGUGUGUCUUAUAUAAAUGGUACAUCUGUGGUUUUUAAUCUGUGCUAGACUUCAAAACUGUGAUCUCCUGUAUUGUAUGCAACUACGAACUCCGCACCAGCGGGAGUUCCGCUGUGAUUUAAAUAGGUUAUAAUUAUAAGUGAAAUUCAGAGCAACUGAGUUACCUAUUAUCAUCUUUCUAAAAAAAAAAAAAAGAAAAAGAAUAUAUAUUAAAAAAAAAAAACCCACAAAAAAACACGAUCGCCUUUCACCAGAG